ACAAACUGGGGAAGAAGAAGAAGAAGCCGUUAGUUUGGUAUUUAAUAUGGCAGAAGACGAUGUGAUGGAACAGAGCACGGAACCAACCGAAGGAAAUGAAAGUCCUGAUGACAAAGAGGACGAGCACGGUGAUAUGGAUGAUGACGAUUUUGCUGUGUUAAAUCUUCAACUCGAUGAGUUAAGCUCAGCUCUUGAUGCUUUGGAGCAGAAGAAUGACCAUAUCCAUGCCCAGUUGAUGAAGCUACUGGAAUCAAACCGUGAAACAAGACAGCUGUUUCAGACAAACCUUACUGAUGAACAAAAGUCAGAUCCACAAAUUUAGGUUUACAUAAGAAGAAAUUUAGAAACCACCUGUGGAAUGUCGAUGUAUGGAGAGAGAACCACUUGUUGAAUUGUUCCGUAAUAUUUAUUAUAGUGGCACAGUAUACACAGACGAACUUGAAGAAUUAAAGACUAAUAGUAUAGUACCAACAAUAUUACUGCUUGCAACACUCACUCUUAACAGUCAAGUCCAAGUCACAUUGCGACUGAUGGUCCAUCAAAGUCAAAGUCACAUUGCGACUGACGGUAAGUCAGUCAGUA